GUCAAUAUGGCGGAUGAAAUAAAGUUCUGCGUAGUGCGUUGUAUUUAUUCAGAUUUUGAAUAAUAUCUCGGUAAGGAAAUUAUCAGACGACACAUUUGAGGCACAUAUCUGUUUAACAUGGCGAAGACAAGGAAAAAGUCAGGUCCAGAGAAAACGGCCAAGAAAUCCAACAGCAGCAUGAACCCAGACCGUCCAAAACCAGCAGCGGGUUCAAACAUGAGAGACAAAGCAACAGUUAACAGACUUAAGAUGUACAAAUCAGGAGGAAAGGCUGUAAGGAACAAGAAAGGAAAAAUAGUGAAGCCUGCUCCCUUUCAAAGCUCUGUAGCUUCAGGAGAAGUGGCACGAGUGGCUCCAAACAGAAAAUGGUUUGGAAACACAAGGGUGAUAUCACAAAAUGCUUUGCAAUCAUUCCAAGAUGAAAUGGGAAAAGUUCUCAAUGAUCCGUACAAGGUUGUGAUGCGGCAAAGUAAACUGCCAUUGUCUUUGUUGAAUGACAAGGUACAGUCAGCCAGAGUACAUAUUCUGGACACAGAAAGUUUCGGAACGACCUUUGGACCCAAAGCACAACGCAAAAGACCAAACCUUAAGGCAGCUGAUAUGAAGGGUUUUAUGGAAGCUGCACAGGUGUCAUCAGAAAUGUACGAUGAAGAGAAAGAUAUGAACCUUGUUAGGGAAGAUGAUGGGGAAAGAGAGGAAGCUAAAGAAUCACUGUUCACAAAAGGACAAUCAAAAAGAAUUUGGAAUGAGCUUUACAAGGUCAUAGAUUCAUCUGACGUUGUCAUACAGGUACUAGAUGCUCGUGAUCCCAUGGGAACACGUUCAUCUCAUAUUGAGUCCUUCAUGAAGAAAGAGAAACAGCAUAAACAUCUUAUUUUUGUUUUGAACAAGUGUGAUCUGGUGCCAACCUGGGUAACGCAAAGAUGGGUGACAGUCCUGUCUGCAGAUCAUCCUACUCUUGCCUUCCAUGCAAGUGUUACAAAUCCAUUUGGCAAAGGGGCUCUGAUCAACCUACUCAGACAGUUUGCAAAGCUUCACACUGACAAGAAGCAAAUAAGUGUUGGCGUCAUUGGUUACCCUAAUGUCGGGAAGAGUUCCAUCAUAAACACAUUGAGAGCCAAGAAAGUCUGUAACGUGGCACCAAUUGCUGGGGAAACCAAGGUGUGGCAGUACGUGACACUGAUGAGGCGAAUCUACUUAAUUGACUGCCCUGGAGUCGUGUAUCCGAGUGGUGACUCGGAAACUGAGAUCAUACUUAAAGGCGUGGUUCGUGUAGAGAAUGUGAAAGACGCAGCCUGCCACAUCCCCGUUGUGCUGGAACGGGUCAAGCAGGAGUACAUCGCGAAGACUUACAAAGUAUCAUCGUGGAACGAUCCAACAGACUUUCUGGAACAAGUCGCGCAACGAACUGGCAAGCUUCUCAAGGGUGGCGAAGCUGAUGUCAAUACAGUGGCCAAAAUGAUUUUGAAUGAUUUCCAACGUGGGAAGCUGCCAUACUUUGUUGCACCACCAAAUAAGGAAGGAGAAUCUAACUCAGAAGAAACGAAGAAUGAAAAGAAAACAUCGUCUCGAUUUCCACCACUUGAAGAAAGUUUUGUUAAAGAAGCAGACACUGAGGCUAAGGAUAAGAAAGAAGAACUAGCUGAGGAGGAAACGAGAACAGAAAACACCAAGCAAGGAAACGAAAAAACUGCUCAAAACGGCAGUCUUUCAGUUGGCGAAGAACAUAACUCCCCAACGGACCCAUUGGCUGAGGCACAAACAGCUGUUGAGACAAACGAUACAAAUAAAACUCAGGAAAGGUGUUCGUCUGAGACCGAAAAAAUUAAGUCUGGCGAGAAUACAGCGAUCAAUGACGACUGUGUUCAGAAGUCAAAGAAUAUAAAGUUACAUGUGAAACAGGAUUUCAGUGCCAUUAACGUUGGACUUGAAUAUACUGGCGACGAUGUGCAGCCCUUGGAAGAAGGGAAGGAACCUGAUGGAAAUCCUGAAUUUGAGGAUGAAAGUGAAGAAGAGGAAGAAGAGGAAGAAGGAGAAGAGGAAGUAGAAGAAGAAGAAGAAGAAGAAAAAGAAGAAGAAGAAGAAAAAGAAGAAGAGGAGGAGGAUAUGAGGGAGGAUGAAGAGGGAGAUGACGUCAGAGCAGCUUACGGGAAAUACGAAGAGGAGGAGCUUGGAAGCGAAGAGGAUGAUGAAACGGAAGAAGAAGAAGAGCAAGAGGACGAACAAGGAAAAAAUAAAAAACAGCGACCACUUGAGAGUAAUGUGAAUACCAGAAUGGACGAGUGUAACGAGGAUAGUCAUAGUGACAGUGUAGAAAAUGAGGAUGAAUCGUCGGACAAUAAAGAAGAAUCAGAAGAAAGGCCUGGUCCUUUGAAAGAGUCGACAAUCACGUUAGACAAGGAGACUGAAAAAAGGAAACAGAGACUGCUCGAAAAAUACAAAAAGUUACAAGGUGUAGAAAAAUUACCCUCUCGCCGGGCACAGGAGUGGACUACGCCCACUGAUCAGCAAUUCUCUGUUAGGGUAAGCCCGUACGUCGCUUGUGUUGAAGCGGAAGGAAGCGAGAACGGCACUAAAAAACAACUUUGCAAGGAACAGAAUGUAAAUAACACUCCACGAGCGCGUCCGAACAGAUUAUUAACAGCAACAAGAGAAACAAAAGUCACCAGGAAAGGUACGAAAAUAGAUUCUAGAGGCACAGAUAGAAGACGUGGCAAACGCAAAAGUGACGACGACAGCGAAGGUGAUGAAUCGCCCAAACCAAAGGCACCACGUCUGAAAACAAACAAACAGAAGAUUGGUGUUCGUUACUACGAGACAGUGAAUGUGAAAAACAAGAACCGUAACAAGAAUGCGAAACUUCGGGAAGAACAAACGGGAAAGAAGGGAAAGAAGGGAAAGAAAAGAAAAUGACCUGAUAUGCAAACGGCGAUAGACUCCCAAAGACAUUUGAAUACAAUGCUUUGGCCUUAUCGCCAGGAGUCGGAAUGGUAAUUUUUAAGAAAUUUUCGAGGUCUGGCAAAAUUCAAGGAAAUUGUAGAAAUGUUUAUGUAAAGUCGAGGAAAAUUGAAAUUAAAGUUCUUCGCACGUUCA